CUUACGCAAGUCGUCAGCGUGUGUUUCUGUGCAUUUGGAAAAUGGCGAGCUGGUGUGUCCGAGCAGUGAGACAGAGCUACUCUGUGUUAGCGUCCCCUGCGCUAAAGAGAGCACCUGUGCAGUUGCUGUGCACUGCCACCCAGCAGAAGAAUGGCCCCGGCUCGGAGGAGGAGCCUGAGAAGACGGAGCAGAGCCCAGCAGAAAAGGUUCUUACUGAGGAGAAGGUCCAGCUGGAGGAGCAGCUGAAGGAGAUGACGGAAAAGUAUAAGAGAGCUCUAGCAGAUACAGAGAACCUGAGGACCAGGGGUCAACGGAUGGUGGAGGACGCCAAGUUAUACGGCAUUCAGGGCUUCUGUAAGGACCUUCUGGAGGUGGCUGACAUCCUGGAGAAAGCGAUGGAGAGUGUCCCGAAAGAGGAGGUGACGAGUCAGAACCCUCACUUGAAGAACCUGUACGACGGCCUGGUGAUGACCGAGGUCCAGAUCCAGAAGGUUUUCACCAAGCACGGCCUGCUCAAGUUCAACCCCGAGGGCCAGAAGUUCAACCCCUACGAGCACGAGGCGCUCUUCCACGCCCCCGUGGAGGGCAAGGAGCCCGGGACCGUCGCCGUGGUGACCAAAGUGGGCUACAAGCUGCACGGUCGAACCCUGAGGCCGGCAUUGGUGGGCGUGGCCAAGGCUUCUUAGGACUGAUUGGCUAAUAGCGUAACGAAGCGGGGUCAGUGCUGCCAGUGGAAGACAACGGACGCGGUGGACUGCCCAAAGCAAAGUGGUCAUUUCCCUCAAAAACUGUCCUCACAUUCUGAGACUGGACCAGCAAUGCAAACUCUGGGGACAGCGUCCAGCAGUUUUAAACUUCUUCUACCAGUAGACCCCGGCCUGUACAGUAAAUAUGUUGUCAUCAUCAUUGUGGUUUGCAUUUUUUCAGGAUCUGUUGGAAACACAAAUUUACAAGAAGCUUUCACAGUGUGUAGCAGACCAGCGUCAUUAAACCAGAGGUUCUAAAUAAAGGCAUGUUGGGUCUGAGUUUAUACAUGACGGGUAGAACCCAUGCUGCUGCUGGUGUCAUUCCAAACUUCUGUUUCUACGGUUUGUCUUUUAGUGCUUGGAGUUUGAACUGCAUCACUGAAUUAAAGCUAAAGAGAUGUGAUGGAAACAGGUGAUGAAUCCCUGUGCAGUUUCAGUAAAAUUAAACUUUUUGUCAUCUUAACUUCAUAAUAAUAUUGAUGUAUACCUACAGUGGUGGGCACACUUCUGCUAAUGUGCUAAUAGCAGAGCUACUUUUCAUUUAGCACUUUUGCUAACUUUAAAAACUAUUUGGUGCACUUGGUUCCCUUAGCUCAAUUUCUCUGGAUAACUUCUAAAAUGCAAUGAGCAAACUUUCAGAUAAAAGUUCAACAUCUCUGAAGUUUUGGCUAUUUACUGAUAAAAAAAAAUUCAAGUAAUUGGACAAUUAUAUUCAUGCUCUUAUUUUAAAGUGAGUAAAAACUGUUAACGCAGUAAUUCUGUUUCCUCGCCUCGCCUUUAAAAAAAAUUCCCCAAUAACAUUAUUUCAAGCAAACAUACAGAAACAAAAUAAAGCACAGUAUAUAUAAAUAUACAAUAUAUAAAAAUAAAUAUAUCUGGAGCAUUAUAGGAAGUGAAUCUGAAAAUUAAAUUUUUGUUUGAGGGCUGGUUAUCCUUUAGGGGCAGAUAUUUGAAUUGAAAUUAGCGCAGUAGCAUUAGCUUCUGCUAAAUAACAUGUUGGUGUAGCGCAUUAGCAAAGCUAAUACUUAUGAUUAGUGCUUUAGUUAGUGCCCACCUCUGUAUAUCAGCAUGUUGGAAUGAUCUAACCUUCACCAAUAUGUCUGCAUUGGAUUAAAGUAACACUGGAAUGUG